AUGAAGAGCUUCACUGCUUCUGCCAUCCUUGCUGUGGCAGCCACUGCAUGGGCUCUCUCUCCACCUGAAAUAGGGACAGAGGUGGACUGCACCAAAUACAACAGAAACAGUUCCAGAAUUGCAUGCACCAAGGACUGGAGACCACUAUGUGGCAUAGAUCAGAAAACUUACAGUAAUGAAUGCAUGUUUUGUAUACUAAAUCAACAGGAAGGAUCUCAACUCAGGAAACUUCAUGAUGGUAAAUGUAGGCAGGUUGAGUGCACCACAUAUUCGGACAUAUGCACCAUGGAGUACAUUCCUCACUGCGGAUCUGAUGGAAAAGUUUAUGGCAACAAAUGUUCGUUUUGCAACGCUGUUGUGUAA